GCCUGGAAAACCUCCCCGACAACCGCACCUCGACGGGACACGACCCCGCCCUCCGGCGCGAAGCCAAGAACACCCCGACGGAAGAAGGCAUCACGGCCCCCAAAAAGCCACUGCCGCGCCAGCCACGAUGGACGGCCGACGACGAGAGAGCCCUGGAUCGUGCUUUCCAGCGAGCAGAGGCACCGGAGAGAAGCUACACCCCAAAGGCGCACAACACCUCCCCCGGCAAGCGUCUAGUCCCACUGUGUGCACAGGCCGACAGAGCCGCCGAGGCAACACCGCCAAGAAACGAAGCCGUGGAAGCGGCAAAGCUCGCAAGGAAUGCCGCUGAACCAUCUCACGAAGGACCGGCCGCGCGACGAGGGGGGGCCGAGGCGGGCUCCGACCACGACACGGAGCCCGGACCCAGCGUCGAGGAGCACUUUCGGGGCACGCUGGCCAUCAAGAAGAUGUCAGGCGACGGCAACUGCCUCUUCCACGCGCUCGGAGAGAACACCGGCGAGAGCGGGGCAUGCCUCCGAGCCCUAAUCACCCAGUACCUCAGAGAGAACGCAGAAGCCGAAGAAGACGAAGAGCAAGUGCAGGCCUGGCUACAGGAAAGCCAAUACCUCCAAAGCGAUCCGGGUCACUGGGGCGGCGACACGGCCAUCAUCGCUUUCACCCGCAUGAGGCAGCAGCGAGUCCUUUGCACUGGCGGACGCCAAACGGCGACAUCCUCACGAGCGAGCGCACGCACUCGGACGUGGACGAAGCAGCCCAACGCGGGCCGCACGCAGCACCGAACGCCACGGAAGUGA